AAGUCCCCGAGAAGGUGCAGACCCCACCUACUGGUACUUCCCCGGAGCAAGGCCAAUCUAAGAAGCGGCAGCAUAGUGAAUCUUCCGACUCAUCACCAAGACCUACAAAGAGAGUUCAUCAAACAACCGAGUCCCCAUCCGAGCUGGACCCUACUUCCGGUAUAGCUACUGAUCCGAGACUGAAGAAC